AUGAGCAAGAAUGGACCUCAGAUUAAUCACCUUUGCUAUGCGGAUGAUCUGAUUCUAUUCAGCUCUGGAGAAAGGAAAUCAGUCAAGCUAUUAAUGAAAGUUCUGAGGGAUUAUGAAGAAGCCUCAGGUCAAGAGAUCAAUAAGGAUAAGACUAACUUCUAUACCUAUGGCAUCCAGAGUAGAAGAAACAUCAGAAGGCUACACAGAUGGACAGGUUACAAACAUGCUAAGCUUCCUUUCACAUAUCUGGGAUGUCCUAUAUAUACAGGAAGGAAAACAUGCAAUCUCUUCUCAGACCUAGCCACAAAGUUUCUCAACAAAGCAGGAGGGUGGCAAGUCCCUCUAGUGACUAUCAUGAAGCAAAUAGAAAUGUACUUCUCCAACUCUUUUUGGGGAAAGAAAGAUGAUAAGAACAAGUAUCACUGGAGCUCUUGGGAGAAGAUGUCUUACCCUUAUGAGGAGGGUGGUGUUGGAUUCAAAAGACUCAGUGACAUAUUCAAAGCCUUUGCCACCAAGAGGUGGUGGAGAUUCAGAACUAAUGACAAUUUAUGGGCCAGAUUCCUAAAGGCUAAGUAUUGUCCUAGAUCAAAUCCUAUUUCCAAAAAGAAAAACUCCAAAGACUCUAAUGCUUGGAAAACAAUGCUGAAUACAAGAGCAGAAGCUGAAAAGUAUAUAAUUUGGAGAAUUGCUGAAGGGAAGGUCUUGUUCUGGUGGGAUACAUGGACUGCUUUUGGUCUUCUAAACCAACUGGUCAAUCAAAAUCUGAAGCUGGGCAACAAUAAGGUAAAUGAGUACAAGGUGGAUGGAGCUUGGGACCAAACUAAACUCUCUGAAGUUCUGCCUCAACAAGUGACACAUGCAAUCACUCAACAAAGCAUAAAUACCAACAGCAAGGACAAAGCCAUAUGGACUCUCAACAAUGAUGGAAAUUUCUCUAUUGCCUCAGCCUUCAAACAACUGAGACAGAAGAGGGAUAUAAUGACUCAAUCCAAAGAAAUUUGGAGUAAAGGUUUGCCUUUUAAAAUUUCUUUCUUCAUGUGGAGACUUAUUAAAAAGAAUCUUCCUUUUGAUGACACUCUUACCAGGUUUGGAAUCCAACCAGACACCAGAUGCACAUGCUGCAGAGUGGACAAACAGGAAACUUUGAACCAUGUAUUUGCUAGAAGUGAAUUGGCACACAGAAUAUGGAAAAUUGCUGAAGAUCCAUUGGGAAUCAAAUGUAGACACCAAAAUGUGCUCACAACUCUAAAUCACUGGUGGACCAAGAAACCAGCCAAUGCUAUGCACAAAGCCCUUCUUCAAAUAUCUCCUAGUAUUAAAAAUACAACCGAUGCCAGAAUCAGACAGAAGCUUCUUUUUCAAGUUAAGGUCACACUAGGCAAGGUCUUCAGCAGAAUGGAACAGGAGUGGUCGUGGGAAGUUGUCUGUGACAUGGCCUUGAACCGUGCACCAAUGCAAAUUCACCAAAAUACCAGCCCGGGUCCAAUUCGUACGGAAAUGCCAGAACAUUCCUCAUACAUUCUGAAUACAGACGGGAGCUGCUCUUCUUCCUUAGCCAUAGCAGGAGCAGGUGGAGUAGUUAGGAAAAGAAAUGGAGAAAUGGUUAUGGCCUUUGCUAAACCAAUUCAGUUCUUGACUAACAACUCUAGUGAAAUUCAGGCAGCUCUCUAUGGUUUAAAAUGGUGUAGAAUGGCUAAUAUUACUAACCUAACCUUACAACUAGAUUCUCUUUUUGUUGUACAGAUGAUCAUAGAGAAAUGCAAAGUGCCAUGGAACUACCAGAGGCUCUUAGAAGAGAUCAAAACAAUUGUCCAUCAAAGAAAUAUCAAGGUGGUUCGCUGCUUCAGAGAAGAAAACAUGGUAGCAGAUGCAAUGUCCAAACAUGCUAACAGCCUGGAUCAAGAAAGUUUCAUAUACCAAGAAAGAGAGCUACCAACCAAACAAAGUGCUUGGGAGCACUCAAAAUGGAUCAAAUGGGAUUGCUUUUUUUAG